AUGAAGAAUUGCUUGAUGCUUUUAUGUCUGAUACACUUCAAGACACAUCGAUAUGGUUUGGCUGUUGUGAAAAUACUCGUCACAUACUUGCCACUCUUAUGUCCCAAUAAUGUAGUCGAAGGAGACUAUGGCGAGGAGGACGACAGCGAGGAAGAUAAUAGCGAGGAAUAUUACAGCGAGGAAGACGACAUUGUAGGACGCUACAGCGAUAAACACGACACUGGUAUACCAAAAGAGUUGAUAAGAUAUCUCCGGAUGAGGAAGUCUACUCUGCACAGCCCUAUCAAAUGGGGGUGUCUUGCUACCUGGAAGGACGACAACCCGUUCAUAGGGUACCGGCAUUCUGCUUGGACGUCUAGAUUCACAACCUUCCCAGCCAUCAUCGAGAACAUGUACAAAACAAUCGGAGAGACCCUACUGUCACAACACGCAUCAAAGCCAAUCGACAUACCAGAGAGGACGAUGCAGAUCGACAUCCACAAGACGAAACAAAAGCUGUUCUUCAGGAACCCGCCCCAGUAA